AGUCGAACUAGAAACUAAAAAGGGAUGUUUAUGACUCUUAUUGAGGGCACAAGCUGCACAAGAAUGAAAUAGUGAAAUGGAAGAGACAUGAAGAGAAUUGUUACGAAGCAAACAAGCAAGCAGCCGGUGAUUGGAAUGGCCCAGGCGAUUAUGCCAAGUGGUAGAGGGAGUUUUGGUGGUGGUCAUGGCGAGACGGACUAGGUAGACAUCCAUAGGCAGCUCAUACACGUCAUCCUUAUUCUGGCCGCGUAGUAGAGGCUCCCCCGUGGCUAGGUCCUUCACAACAAAACAAUCAGAAAAAAAUUCCACCGAAACCUGGUUAGAUUUACAUAACUAGGAAACAGAUAACAAGUGACGUUUGAUAGUCGGAACACAAAGCACAUCACGGAAAGAUAAACAAGUUGAAGAAGUAGAGAUAUGAGAGUCGCCAGUGUGAGAAAUCGUUAGACUUUACCCGUCGCCGACUAGAACCUCACCGGGACCAUGAUAAUCUGUAUAAAGAGAGAGACCGCAGAGGCCGGGAGUCAACAAGCCUGGUUGGAGAAGAAUAGAUGGCGAUGGCGGUGUGAUGUGCUUGAGGUCGGCCGCGAAUAUGGUAGCAUUCCCUGGCGGUGUGAGCCAGCUUAUCUCAGAACUGGCAGAGGAGUUGUAGGCGGCCAAGGAGAGAGGGAGAUGAGGGGAGAGCUGCCGAGACAGGAGGACCACGAGAUAGGGAGUGACCAUGCCGAGUGGGAUCAUAAUAAAAGGAAGGACCAAUCAUUUGUUGUCGACGAGGACUGUCGUGGCCUCGAGCAGGAGGAGAAGAGCGACCGCGACUAGUGGAGAAGGAUGUAGUUGGAGCCGAGGAAGGGCAAUGACGAACGGUUGCAAGCUCAGUCUCAUAAUCGACCAGACGAUCAUGGAGAUCUUCAAGAGUGAUAGUAGUGUCACGAGCACGGAUGGCGGUAGAGAGAGUGUCAUAUUCUUCUCGAAGACCGCAGAGAAUAUGAAGAAUCAAAUCUUCAUAGGCGACCGGAACUUGGACUAGAGCAAGCUCAGUGGCGGUCAUGUGCAUCGCUUCUGUUUGAGAUUCAUAACCCGCUGCCGGGACUGGCUAGCGUACAUGCGUUCGAGUAUAGUCCAGGCUUCGUGAGUGGAUUUGGCAGCGGUAACAUAAUGAGCAACAGCAGGUGAGACAUGAGCCAAAAUUGUGUGAAGAAGUAGUUGGUCUUGCCUGGACCAGCGUGUGCGAAUAGCGACUGGAGCAUCGGAAGCCGGCUAAGGAUGAGUGCCUUCAAUGAAGCCAAGAAGGGCGA